AUGAGUCUAAACGUGAAUAUUGGCAUCAAUGCUACAGCCAUAUGUCUACAUAUAUCUAUGACAAAACUGAUUCUAUAUACUUUUGCAACUUGGAAUAAAUCAGAAUACUUAUUGGGUUGCCAGUCAAAAUGUGAAGCUGCCAUGUUUAACUACGUUUCAGAUUUUAGUGAAUUUCUUGACGAAACUAUCAUUCAUUAUUAUGAUGCUUGGUUCAAGUGUAGAUACAUAUUGUUCUCUAAAGUGGCAACACCUGGCCGUCUUGUUGAUCAUCUCUCUAAUACCAAAGGAUUCUCUCUUCGUGCAUUGAAAUACUUGGUACUAGAUGAAGCAGAUAGAUUACUAAAUGAGGAUUUUGAGAAAACGAUUGAUGAAAUUUUGGGCGUUAUUCCUCGUGAGCGAAGAACAUAUUUAUUUUCUGCAACAAUGACUAAAAAGGUGAAAAAGCUCCAGAGAGCUUGUCUAAAAAAUCCUGUAAAGAUUGAAGCUGCAUCCAAAUAUUCCACUGUUGAUACGCUUAAGCAGCAGUAUUGCUUUGUUCCGGCGAAGUAUAAGGAGUGCUAUCUUGUUUUUAUUCUCACCGAGAAGCCAGAAAGUACAUCUAUGGUUUUUACUCGAACAUGUGAUGCAACUGUUCUUUUGGCUUACCUUCUUCGGAACCUUGGCUUUAGAGCCAUUCCGAUUAGUGGUCAUAUGAGCCAGGCAAAAAGACUUGGAGCCUUAAACAAAUUCAAGUCUGGAGAGUGCAACAUACUCAUCUGUACUGAUGUUGCCAGUAGAGGACUUGAUAUCCCAUCUGUAGAUAUGAUUAUCAACUACGAUAUCCCCAUCAACUCAAAGGAUUAUAUACAUCGCGUUGGAAGAACUGCUCGUGCUGGACGCUCUGGGAUUGCAAUAUCAUUGAUCAAUCAAUACGAGAUGGGAUGGUACCUGCAAAUAGAGCAACUUAUUGGUAAAAAGUUACCGAAGUACCCUGCUGAGCUGGAUGAGGUGUUGCAACUGUUGGAACGUGUAACCGAGGCCAAAAGAAUAUCUGUGAUGAAAAUCAAAGAAACUGGAGGAAAUAAGAGGCGAAAAGGUGGUGAAGGUGAUGCCCAGGAAGAGAUUGAGAAAUAUUUAGGUCGUAAUAAAGGGAAGUCGUUUAAGAAGACAAAAAGAUGAUGAGAAAAGGAUCAUCUUCAAGGGACUUGUUCUAAUUUGGAUUUCUCAUUUUUGUACUUAAAUUAGUAUAAUUAUGUUUCCUUGCGAGGGAAAAUUUUGUAGGAUAAUUUUGAUUAUAUCUUUUAUGGUUUACAUGAGUCUAAACGUGAAUAUUGGCAUCAAUGCUACAGCCAUAUGUCUACAUAUAUCUAUGACAAAACUGAUUCUAUA